CGCCGCCUCCGCCGCCUCCGCCCCGGCCCCGCGGAGCCGGAGGGGGCGGCGGGGCGUAGGGAGCGGGGGAGGCGGGCGGCGGGGGCCGCCGGAGGAUGCUGGAAGCGGCCGGGAGAGGCGAAACGCAUCGGGCUGCUCUCCCCAAACCCCCCCCACCCCGGUCCUUCAUCCAUCCCUCCAUCCAUCCAUCCAUCCAUCCAUCCCUCCAUCCCUCCAUCCCCGUGGAACGAAGCAUCUGGGAAAGGGGCGAAGCCGGGAGCAGAGGAGGGGAUCGCCCCCCAGAAGCGGCUGCCCUCGAAGGAGGAGCGGGGAGGCAUCGCGACAUCUUUCGGGCUCCGCGGCGCUUCGGUUGCAACCUGGCAGUGCGCAAGGGCUGGGGAGCGAGCUGGCAGGGAGCUGGGGAGGCAGGCUGGCUGGGCCCCCGGCCUCCCCGCGCCACGCCGCCCCGUGUUUAUAAUUAUCCCCCUUUCCCUCCUUCGACCGCUCCUCGGCACGCAACGGGAUUCGGGGUGACGGCUGCAGGAGAAGGGGAAAGGCCUCGCGGCUCGGCGGCAGGUGAGACGGGGAUGCUGCGGGCGAUGCCCCGGUGAGCAUCGGGGCGCGCGGGGGAGACCGCGGUGUUUCUGCGGGGCCGGAGCAGGGGAAAGCGCCGCAAUGCCCAGGAACAGGGCCUUUUCGGAGCCCGAGUGCUCGGCCGAGUACUCCGCUGACUACUCGGUGAGCCUGCCGUCGGACCCCGAGCACGGCGUGGGUCGGACCCAUGAGGUGACGGUGCGCAGCUCGGGACCCUGCCUCUGCCUACCCCGCUUCAUGCGCCUCACCUUCGCUCCCGAGUCCUUGGAGAACCUCUACCAGACUUAUUUCCGCCGCCAACGCCACGAGACCCUCCUGGUGCUGGUGGUCUUUGCUGCCCUCUUCGACUGCUACGUCCUCGUCAUGUGCGCCGUGGUCUAUGCCACCGACAAGCUGGCUCCGGUGCUGGCGGCGGCGGCCGGGCUGGUCGCCCACGUGCUGCUCUUCAUCCUCUGCAAGUACAGGCUGCUCCCCGAACGGGUGGCCCGCAAGUUCCUGCCCUACGUCCUCUGGGUCCUCAUCUUGGCCCAGAUCUUCUGUUACCUGGGUCUCAACUUCUCCCGCUCGCCCGAGGCCAGCGACACGGUGGGCUGGCAGGCUUUCUUCGUCUUCUCCUUCUUCAUCACGCUGCCGCUGCGCUUGGCCCCCAUCGUGCUCAUCACCGCCGUCUCCUGCGGCAUCCACACGCUGGUGCUCGGUGUCACCGUCGCCCAGCAGCGACAGGACGCCCUGGACGAGGGCGCGCUGCUGAGACAGAUCCUGUCCAAUGUCGCCAUCUACCUUUGUGCCAUCACGGUGGGCACCAUGUCCUACUACAUGGCCGACCGCAAGCACCGCAAAGCCUUCCUCGAAGCACGCCAGUCCCUGGAGGUCAAGCUCAACCUGGAGGAGCAGAGCCAGCAGCAGGAGCGGCUGAUGCUCUCCAUCCUGCCCAAGCACGUGGCCGACGAGAUGCUGAAGGACAUGAAGAAGGACCCCAGCCAGAAGGAGAUGCAGCAGUUCAACACCAUGUACAUGUACCGCCACGAGAACGUCAGCAUCCUCUUCGCGGACAUCGUGGGCUUCACCCAGCUCUCCUCCUCCUGCAGCGCCCAGGAGCUGGUGAAGCUCCUCAACGAGCUCUUUGCCCGCUUCGACAAGCUGGCAGCCAAAUACCACCAGCUGCGCAUCAAGAUCCUGGGCGACUGCUACUACUGCAUCUGCGGGCUGCCCGAGUACCGGGAGGACCACGCCGUCUGCUCCAUCAUGAUGGGGCUGGCCAUGGUGGAGGCCAUCUCCUACGUGCGGGAGAAGACCAAGACGGCGGUGGACAUGCGGGUGGGGGUGCACAGCGGGACGGUGCUGGGGGGCGUGCUGGGCCAGAAGCGCUGGCAGUACGACGUGUGGUCCACCGACGUCACCGUGGCCAACAAGAUGGAGGCGGGGGGCAUCCCCGGGCGGGUGCACAUCUCGCAGAGCACCAUGGACUGCCUGAAGGGCGAGUUCGAGGUGGAGCCGGGUGAAGGUGGCUCCCGCUGCGAGUACCUGAAGGAGAAGGGCAUCGUCACCUACCUCGUCGUGGUCCCCAAGCAGCCCCUGCGCAACGGCAUCAACGGGGUGAAGCUGUCGCUGACCUCGUCCCAUGGUGGUUCCCCACCGUUGGUCAACACCAAGGAGCGCAACGGCAGCCUCAGCCUGGCCUGCACCAGCCCCGAGGAGCCCGAGGAGCCCGACGCCAGGGUGAGGGGCGUCCUGGAGAGUGGGGAGGAGGAUGGAGAGGCGGUGAACCCCUCCUUCCCCAACCCUCGGCGGCGGCUGCGGCUGCGGGACUUGGCCGAGCGGGUGAUCGACGCCUCGCAGAAUGAGCAGGAGCUCAACAAGCUGCUCAACGAAGCUUUGCUGGAGCGCGAGUCUAUCCAGGCGCUGAAGGGGAAGAGCACCUUCCGUCUCUCCAUGCGCUUCAUCGACCCCGAAAUGGAGACGCGCUACUCAGUGGAGAAGGAGAAGCAGAGUGGGGCCGCCUUCAGCUGCUCCUGCGUUGUCCUCUUCUUCACUGCCUUGGUGGAGGUCUUCAUCGACCCCUGGUUGGUGGCCAACUAUGUGACCUUCGUGGUGGGAGAGAUCCUGCUGCUCAUCCUCACCCUCUGCUCGUUGGCUGCCAUCUUCCCCCGGGUCUUCCCCAAAAAGCUCGUGGCCUUCUCCACCUGGAUCGACAGGACCCGCUGGGCGCGCAACACCUGGGCCAUGGCUGCCAUCAUCAUCGUCACCAUGGCCGACAUCGUGGACAUGCUCAGCUGCCGGCAGGACCACGGUGGGAUGGGCAACGGGACGGUGGGGCCACCGCGGCUGGGUGGCUGCGGGGAGCAGCCCAAGUACUACAGCUACAUCGCCCUGCUGGCCUUGGUGGCCACCAUCAUGCUGGUGCAGGUCAGCCACAUGGUCAAGCUGACCCUCAUGGUGCUGAUCACCGGGGCCACCGGCGCUGUCAACAUCUAUGCCUGGGAGCACAUCUUUGACCAGUACGACCGCCGCCGCGGCCAGCAAAGCACGUCCUCGCUGGUCCCCUCCAAGUACUCCAUGACGGCGAUGAUCUUCAUCGUGAUGCUCAGCUUCUACUACUUCUCUCGCCACGUGGAGAAGCUGGCCAGGACCCUCUUCCUCUGGAAGAUCGAUGUCCACGACCAGAAGGAGCGGGUCUACGAGAUGCGGCGCUGGAAUGAGGCCCUUGUCACCAACAUGCUGCCCGAGCACGUGGCCCGGCACUUCCUGGGCUCCAAGAAGCGGGAUGAGGAGCUGUACAGCCAGUCCUACGAUGAGAUCGGUGUCAUGUUCGCCUCCCUCCCCAACUUUGCUGACUUCUACACGGAGGAAAGCAUCAACAACGGGGGCAUUGAGUGCCUGCGGUUCCUCAACGAGAUCAUCUCUGACUUUGACGCACUCCUGGAUGAACCCCAAUUCCGGUGUAUCACCAAAAUCAAAACCAUCGGCAGCACCUACAUGGCCGCUUCUGGAGUGACUCCCGAUGCCAGCGCCAAUGGCUACAGUGCCAAGAAGGAGACCCUCUCGGAUAAGGAGCGUUGGCAGCACUUGGCCGACCUGGCCGACUUUGCCUUAGCCAUGAAGGUGACGCUGAUGAACAUCAACUACCAAUCCUUCAACAACUUCAUGCUCCGCAUAGGGAUGAACAAGGGGGCCGUGCUGGCGGGUGUCAUCGGCGCCCGCAAACCGCACUACGACAUCUGGGGCAACACGGUGAAUGUGGCCAGCAGGAUGGAGUCCACCGGCGUCAUGGGGAACAUACAGGUGGUGGAGGAGACCCACCUCAUCCUGAAGGAGUACGGCUUCCGCUUUGUGCGCCGGGGAGCCAUCUACGUCAAAGGCAAAGGGGAGCUGCUCACCUUCUUCCUCAAGGGCCGGGAGAAGCAGGGCUCCUUCGUCAACGGCUCCUCCGUCACCCUGCCCCAUCAGGUGGUGGACAGCUCGUGAGGGUCCGGCGCCCACCCACCACCACAGCCACCGCCCCCCGGCGCCGAGCAGGGUGGCUCGGGAGGGACCCGGCACCCGCCGCCAGGAGCGUCCAUCCCACUGCCAUCCGGAUCCGCAACCAAACUUGAGAAACCAACCCCUUCGCACGACCCUUUCCAAGCCCCCACCGGAGGUUUCUGGUUGGGGGGGUUCGCUCCAUCGCGCCUGUGGCUGAGCAGGAAGGAGACACGGGGCCGCCUCGGUGGGCUCCUCCGGCCGUUCACGCUCGCGUGCAAGCGCACGCCAGCUUGCAACCCUCGGCGGGCACGGGGCCAGGGACACACGCUGCCUUUUUCCGGGCAUCCCGGGUUUCACCAGGCAGGCAGGGGACAGCAUGACAUUAAAGUAGCAUCACGGGGCCCCGGCCACCGCGCGCUGGGCACGAGGAGAUCCAAACUCAGGGCUGGAUGGGAAGACGCCACGUCUCUCCUGCGUGCCGGGAGCGGUAGCAACAAACCGGCAGCGUCCGGGGUUUGCCGUUAGUUCGUACCAAGUUCAUCCUCGUCACAAACCACCGUAGUUAGGGAGAUCGGGGAGACGGAGAGCACAGUGCCGCCUUUGAAGGCGGGGAAGAAGGAAAAGGAACCAAUAUUGUGUAUUUCAGAUAUAUAAAUAUAUAUAAUAUAAGAGUACAGAUUGACAUUUAUAUUUUUAACUGUGCCUGUUCCCUCCCUGCGGCGGGGCUCGCGCUCGUCCGGACGCUGCCCUGCGCGCGCUGUGGUCGGCUGCUGUCACUUUGCUGUCACUCGCGGGAGGAGAGGAGCAGGGACUGGCGCGUUAAACCCGGUGCUGCCGGGGCCGGGGGGAGAAGGCAGGCACCCGCUGAGUGUAAUUACGCCGCUAGUU